UCCGAGCUUACCUUAGGUAUUAAUUCAACCUUACUCUAAAAGUCACCAUACGGACAAGAUCGGUAAUAAAAAGAAAUAAAACAUGCUUGAGGAACUUCUCGAGACCUGCAAGAGGCUCACUGGAUCUCAGACCCCAUCGCAGGAGAUUCGCGAGGAUAUUUUACGGCUGGUCCCCAACGGAUGCACCGCGCAAGAUCUAAGAAACUUCCUGUCAAUAGCCAGAGAUGAAUCGGAUCACGUCGCCGUACUCUUAGCCGCAUAUGCUAUUGCGCUCAAGAUCAGCAAAGACGCCAAGGGGCAGGAACUUAUCGACGAAGAUAACUUGGACGAUACGCUCCAUGAUGUCGCCGACCGCAUUAGCUCCCUCAUCCUACCUCUAUGCUCCAGCGAGUCGCUAGACGAAGAUGAGACAGACUACGCCACCCUUCAGCGCAAAGGCGAGCUAGGCCUCCUAGCCCUAGACGCACUCACCAAAAUCCCAUCCAAAACAGGCCCCCUCCAGUUCCCUCACUCGGUACUACUCCGCAUAACCGCUUUCACCAACGCCACAGACCCCUGGACAACAGCAGAAUCACGCAGCCUUUCCCAGUCCCUCCUCGAGGCCCAGCUCCAGCAACUAGGUGACUCCCAAACACGGGUCUUCAUCGUCGAGGAUAUCCUAGCCAACUUCCUCCGCCCGCUAUUCUCCAAGUCCCGCCCGGCAGCGAUCACAGCAUCCGGGCGCAAGGCCGAGUACGUCGAGCCGUCGCGGUAUGACGGCGCCUCCCGGGAAUCGCCCGAGACGAAGCCCUGGAAAUACGCUCACCGGUACGCCGUGACGGUCUUCGCGUGGGCUGUGGAGCAUGCGGAUUCCUCCCUCCUACAAGCCCACUGGCCGCUCUUCACCCCCGUACUGCUUACCCUGAUCGACGAACCGGGCCCUAGUGCCUUCAAGGUACGCGCUCUCGGCGUGCUACGCGCCUUUUGGGCGCGCUGUCCUGUGGGACUGAUGCGGGAUACGGGACUAGGCGAAGUAUUCGAACACGCUGUAUUCCCUGCAGUCCUGUACCUACCAAGCUUAACGCCCGAGGAUGAAUCUCUGGAUAUUCUCAGCGCCGCGUAUCCCGUGCUGAUCGAGAUGGCUGGUCUCACUGUCGAUCGGCCAUUAGUAACAACAGGCAUAAGCACGACAGAAGAGCAGAAGCAGACACAGAAAUCAACACACCAAAUCACAGAAGCACAGCGGAGACUUCUGGACAAGAUCAUCAGAGAGGGUAUCAUGGUCGGGUAUCACCACGCAAAAGAACACGUGCGGCUCGUGGGCCUAUUCUGCGAGACGCUCGUCUGUAUUAUAAAUGGGAUGGGUAUACUAGCCGUGAAACACCUAAAGGAUUUCAUCCCCAUGCUCUCCGAGAUUAUGACCGACCCUUUCGGCACCAAACACCCGCCAACUCUCACCUCGGCCACCAAACUCCUGCAGGCUAUCCUACGCAACUGCUGGCCCAGAAUCCAGCAUUACUGCAACGAGAUCAUCAAGAUGCUUAUGUUGUGCUGGCUUAACAUCGAAGACGAAGAGUCUUUUCCGCACAAUAGCCCGAUCGCGAACGACUUGAAGUCUAAUCUAACCCAAACCGCUAGGAUGCUAUCUGCAAUAAUGAAAGCAGCCCAGAUUGAUUUCAGACGACGCGUCGAUCCACUGAUUGAAAAGGAACCUCGAUUAAGUAAGCUCUUCGGAGAGAUAAACUCAACGUAAAAAGGACGACUCAGGAAGACACCGAAAACUCGGAC